GGGUUAGAGCUCAGACCGAACACUGUCCUCCUGCCAGACUGUCUGUCCUCCAGUCCUCCUGUCUGUCCUCCUGUCUGUCCUCCAGUCCUCCAGUCUGUCCUCCAGUCCUCCUGUCUGUCCUCCAGUCCUCCUGUCUGUCCUCCAGUCCGUGGGUUUGCCGCCUGUUGUCUCCAGUGGAUUACUGACACGAACAAAGUGGGACACUGGAGUCCAUUUAUGGCCAUGACAUGGACACGUGCAUUCCUGUUCCUCCUGGUGCUGCUGAACACAUGUAACCUGUUAACGGCAGACUGUUGGGAUUACUUCAUUAUAAAGGAAUGGCCUUCCAUCAAAAUCUCUCUGGAAAAUCUGACCCAAACCGUCCCAGUGGUUAAAGGUCCAACCUUAAAUGCCACAGUCAGGUGCACUUUGGAAAAAGAGAAAUCUAAAAGAGAUGUGGAUCACUUUCUGAAUGACUGUUUUAGCACAAACGAGAAUAUUCCAUGUGAAAAUGAAACAUUUGGUGAACUGUAUUUCUUCCACUUCAUGUGUCUGAUGGCCCAGGCCAUCAACGUGACCCUGCAAGGAUGUGACUAUGGAAUGUUGCAGCAGAUUUCCUCUUCUUUCGGUCCAACAACAACAGCAACAGCGACAACAGCAACAACAACAACAAUGACAACAACAACAACAACAACAACAGAAUUACUGUCACCAACAACAAAGACAUUGGAAACAACAGUGACAUUGUGUUCAUCAGCGUCUUCAUCAGUGGUGUCGUCUUCCACAUCAGUCCAACCAACACCCACAACAGCAGCAGAGUCAAAGACAACACUGACUCACAGCAAUGAAGAUGGACAAGUCGACAAACAGGAAGAUGGACCAAGAACCAGUGAUUGUGAAAGACUGAAUGUAACUCUGCAGAUCCUGGUGUCUGUGUUGGGGACGGUGGUCCUGGUCCUGGUCCUGCUCCUGUAUGUGCUCUGCAAACACCGAAGACAGCAGAGACAAAGACCAACACACAUGGACACGGGUGCAGAUGUGCUGAUGAACUGCGCUGAUGGGGACCCUUCACAGUCCCAGCCAAACUCAUCAGGGACAGACGCAGACGCAGACGCAGACGCAGACGCAGAGCAGACGAGCAGGCUGAUGCAGGAUCCCGCCCUCAGACCAGAUGCAGUUACUGAAGAAAAGGAUCUUGGAAACGGACGAGUGGCGUCGAACAGCUGUGAAGUGUAACCCAGACUGUGAGGAGGAGCCGCUCUUGGCUCGUCGUCCGUUGUGUGGUUGAACUCCUACUGUGUGGUUUGUAAAUGUCUUCAGGUCCACAUGAGGGAGAACAGGCUCUGAGGGUUAAAGUUUGACUUCAGCGACGGAGGCAAGAACCAACAAGACACGGCAGGUUUGUCCUCUGCGCCCGGAGGCCAGCGCCCAUCCAGACGCAGACUCGCUUUAGUCCACGUCAAAGACAAACCCAGUGUGACGAAGGGAGCAGCUGCCCUUCAGAUCACCACAUUAGCUUUGAGUUCUGGAUAUGUGCUCCAGAACCACAACAGACCUGAUGGCCAAUCCAAAGUCCAGCACCCAGGAAAAGACGGCACCGGUUCCAGGAUACAUGUUGGAUUAGAGACGACCGAUGAAGUAAAACACAAAAAAAAGAGAGAGAGAGAGAGAGAGAGAGAGAGAGAGAGAGAGAGAGAGAGUGAG